UUAAAACCAGGAAGGAGUCUUAUGGAUUGGAUUCGACUAACUAAAAGUGGGAAGGACUUGACUGGUUUAAAAGGGAGGCUAAUUGAAGUGACCGAAGAUGAGCUUGCUAAACACAACAAAAAGGAGGACUGCUGGAUAUGUAUAAGAGGUUUUGUAUAUAAUGUCACACCAUACAUGGAAUAUCAUCCUGGUGGUGAGGAUGAACUGAUGAAAGCAGCAGGAACUGAUGGUACAGAUCUCUUUGAUCAGGUUCAUCGUUGGGUCAAUUAUGAAUCCAUGCUGAAGGAAUGUCUUGUUGGGAGAAUGGCUGUCAAGCCUAUUGCUGCUCCAAAAGAGAUUUCUUCUACUCUGUCUGAAGAGAAGAAACAGCUUAAUGGCAUACUUCCUGAGAAGAAAGUAGUGGGUGCUUCUUUUAAAGAUUUAACUCCAAGUUAUGACUGGUUUCAAACAGAUAGUUUGAUUACCCUUGUCAUAUAUACUAAGCAGAAGGAUAUGAAUGCAGAGUUGGUGAUAGUUGACUGUGAAGACAAACGAUUAAGGGGAGAGAUCAUUGUGGGUGACCACUCGUAUCUUGUGGAAGUUGACUUGGAUCAUGCAGUUCAAGAAGAUAUGGCUGUACAUAUUGCUGAAAAAGUUGGGAAAGUAGAGAUUAUCUUAAAGAAAAAGGAUAAUGUUCAUUGGAAAAUGCUGGGACAGCCCUUGGAGAGUCAUAAUACGUUUAUCAAACGCACGGACAGAGGACUCUUCUACAGAAAAUGCAAGUUGGUUUCGAAGACGGAAGUUACCCACGACACCAAGCUCUUGUGCUUAAUGUUGCCUAAGAGCACACAUCUCCAUGUUCCCACUGGACAACACGUUUACCUCAAACAAAUCAUUGCGGGGACAGAGGUAGUAAAACCAUACACACCUGUAUUGCCUUUUUUGCCACUGGAUUUCAAAGAACCACUUUCCCAUGAUGGUGCACAUAUAUAUUUAAUGAUUAAAAUUUAUUCCUGUGGACUGUUCACACAGGCACUUGACCACCUACAAAUUGGAGACUAUAUUUCUGUCAGCAAUCCUGAAGGUAACUUCAAGAAGUCACAGGUUCAAACUUUGGAAGAUCUCUUUUUAUUGGCAGCAGGCACAGGCUUCACACCAAUGGUUAAACUGCUGAAUUUUGCUCUGACUGAAGUUAGUUGCCUCCGGAAGGUGAAGCUGAUCUUCUUCAACAAAACAGAAGAUGACAUACUUUGGAGAAACCAACUAGAGCAAUUAGCUCUUAAAGAUGAAAGGUUUGAUGUUCAAUUCAUCCUUUCACAACCAACAAAGGACUGGGUGGGUAAACAGGGGAAGAUUUCUUCAUCUCUUCUCUCUGAGUUUGUGAAAAGAAGCAGAAAAGACUCCAAAGUGCUGAUCUGCAUCUGUGGUCCAACACCGUUUACAGAACAAGGAGUACAAUAUCUGAAGGAUCUUGGAUACUCCCAAGAAGAGAUACAUGCUUUUACUGCAUAAACCCAUAUGAGGAUAUCAGUGUUUGUUUGUAUAAUCCAAUCUUAUUUAUUUACCUUCAUGAAUUUAAUUAAGUGAAAAGCAAUUUUUUAAGACUUGAUAUUUCACUCUUGGUACCAAACUGUUUCUUGGAAGAAAUAUAUCUUUGAAAAAAAUUUUAUACUAUGUUUUAUCUUGGUUUUGUAAAUAUUUUUCCUAAUCCAGGGUAUUAAUUUAUUGUAGAAGUAAGCAAAAAUGUAUAGUAUAAAUUAUGUAAGAUAUUUCAUGUUGUUGGUUCAUGAGAAUUCUUAAAUUUGACAAGCACUGAUUUAAGUUUUGACUUGAAAAGCUUAUUAUUUCUUACUGUAAAAAGUCUUAAGAGCAAUACUGUCUGAAAUUAAAUAUUGCACUGUAACUCAGGUAACCGGUCAUUGAAAAAUGUUCUUUUCCAUCUGAAAUCUCUAUUUGACUUGCAAGUGAUCUGGAUACACUUUUGGCUUUGUAAACAAAGAAUAAAAGUACCUUUGGUAAAAUAUAAAAAUUUACAUCAAAUAAUAAAACCUAAUAAUUUUA